AUGCGGCACUCUGCCGUGGUGUCCAAGGAGCAGAAAGUCUGCCCGCGGACCUCGGGGGACUCCAGCUCCCCUGUCUACACGGACUCUGCCCACGGUGCCAAAACCCUAGACUUGUUCCCGAGCCGGCAGUGCCCCAGGGGGGCGGCUCUGCGGGAUGCUUGUCACCAGACCGUGCCUGUGAGCCCUGGAACCUGGCGGGUGCGCCUUGUGCGGGUGACGGGAACACAGAGGCAGGGGAAGCGCAGGAGCCUGGCGGCAGCCGGAGGAGGCACUGGCCUCCAGAGCCCGAGGCCAAGGCGGGCCUCUGCGGGCAACGACGGAGCAGGGAUCGGUGCCUCCCGGCUCAGACUGCAGACGAGGAAAUGGUGCUACCCAGCUCAUGCCUGGGCCUUGGAACCGGGACUUCUUCAAGUCCUUCUAGCUCUGACUCGAGAACAUGCUGCAUUCUGGAACCACUUCACGACCCGACUCAGGAAUCGGCUCCGGAAGGUGAAGCUCAAGGAGCAAGAGCAGCCAGACAGCACCACCGUCGGCACGAGCCCGCGGCGACCGUCACCCCCCGCCUGGCAGCGUCAUCUCUGUGGCCACCCUGCCGUGGCCGGGCCACCACCAGCCGCCACGCCCCAACGCCCCUCACCCUCCUUCUCUUCUUCCUUUCCUCUGUUCUCUCAUUUCUUUUCUUUGCUUUCCUUUGUGCCCGGGACACGCAAAGCCGCCAUGACUCUGUUUCCCCGUCCCUUCCGUACUCAAUUUGCACUAAGUCGUUUGCACUGGUUUGGAGUCAUGGAACCGGCCUCGAGUCCCCGAGCGAGUGUGCCAACUGCUGAGUGUGCUGGCCUCUGCGGCCCGCCCCGCGCCCGGCACCCUCCUGCCGUCCACCUCGGGGGGCUGCCUGGGUGCGGUCGUGUGUGGGAGGCCCCAACCCCCCCUCGCCUGGUCUGCAAGCCCCUGGCACGGAGUGACCUCAUGCAGCUCCGUGGUAGAGCCCCUCGCCUGUGCCCCUCCCCACCAGGGCUUCACCAGAAGCCUUGGCCUCAUCAAUAAAUACAGUUACAGCAA